UAAUUUUCUUCACAUAAAUUUGUGAACUACACGUUCUCAUUUCAUAAACUCGCCACGCAAAUAUUUGUAAAAAAUACUUAUGACAAAAUACUAUUUUAUUUUCGUGUUGGUUGAAAGCUUAAUUUUCAACUGGUGUUUUGCGGGGGAGCCAGACAAGUUUAGUUAUGAAUCCAAACUGCUAGACAAAGUGAUUCGCCUGGAACUGAAAGUUGAAGAGAUGGAAAAGGAAAUGAAAAAGACACAGGCAAAUACGGUGUCAGUGUUGGAAAAUGUGAACCGAGUACUGGAUAACAAAACAGCCGAGCUCAAACUGUUAGAAGACAGAGUUGACAAGCCAAUGGUUGCUUUCAGUGCAUAUAGUCCCGUGGAUAAAAGUUUAGACUCUAGUCAGAUCCUGGUGCUACAAACUGUGCCCUUGAAUGAAGGCAAUGGAUACGACAACGUUAUUGGGGUUUUCACUGCACCGGUAACAGGGCUCUACUACUUUGUGGUACAUGCUUGUAACUAUGCAGGCCGGGGCUUCUACUAUGACAUCAUCCUUGAACACAAUCCAGUAGCCAGGAGCACGCAAUUCAACAAUGUAAAUCACGACUGCAAUUCUGUUAGUGCUGUUACCAUGGUUACAGCUGGUCAACGAGUCUGGGUAAAAAGCACAAGUGGCAAUAGCAGUCCACAGCUGUACGAAAAUUCCUACAGACGGACAACAUUUGCAGGUUUCCUUUUGCAAAAAUGAAUUGCAAAAUAGUGAAAUCCAUGAAAACAAACCUGAAACAGGACUUUUAAUACGUUUACACUUUAUGGCAUUGUUUUCUUUUUCUUAUUAUUAUCGAUGUUGUAUUGCUUACAUUAAAGUAUUUGCUCAAUUAUUUCUUCCAUUUUUUGUAAAUUUUUACAAGUUACUAUGUAUAAUGAAACUCUUAAACAAUCUUAAGUUUCACAUUGUCAGUAUAAGCACCAAAGACACAUUUUCUUGAUACCAUCACAUAGGCUAUGGACAUUGACUGUAGGGUCAGGUAAAGCACAGCUCGUGUUUUCUAGGACUAUUAUCUUUUACAAGUAUACACUUUCUUAGUCCCAAUGCGCGACUCUAGUUACCUCCCCUGACGGUCCAUACACAGACGUUUUUCAUACUGUGAAGCUCAUAAUUUAUGUUCGGAUAUUAAUCACUAGUGAUUACGCCUGUUUUCAGACGUGGCCGAGUUGGACCUAAUAUCAGACUGAAAUGAAAUGAAAGUGACAAUUACGUCACGAGUUGGACUAAUACUUUCCUGACCAAAUAAUAAGUAUUAUUUCAAAUAUAACAAAUGCACAAAGUUCAAAUCAUCAUGAUUUAUUUUUAACUAUGCAUGUAUAAAAUCUGUACAUAUUUGUAUAAUACAAUGUUGUCUAAUGUAAAAAGCUUACUCUUUUGUUAACAACAAACAACAACAACAUGAAUGAAAUGGUUCAAUAACAACAUAAAGAGCUACCCCAUACCUUUGUUGUUAAGACUAGCCACUUAACUGAUAAUAAAGAAUUUGUCACAAAAAUUCAUCUUCUGUAUUUUUCUUUUAUUUUAUGUGAAAGUGACAAAUUCAAGUCUAUUUUAGAGAUUUUGUCAGAGAACUGAUUGUAGUAUUAUCAGUCUAUGAUAUUGGACAUAGGAUAUAGACUGGCUAUAUUCACAAUUUUAACAAUAAAAAUAAAAAAAAAUAUCAUGGUCUUGGAGCUAGUUUACUUUGUUGUUUACGUUCCCUUAACACAAAACAUGGAACAUACUUUGUACUAUAUUUGAAAAUAACCUUCUUUUUGUGUAAAGUAACUUGAAUAUUCAUCUAUGCAUAAUGAAUUAAUUGACCAUACACGAAAAAUGACCUAAAUUAUUUGACCUCUAAUUUUGACCUUGACCUUUGAGGUAGAUGUCAGUAUCUUGGGCAUGACAUCAUCUCAUUAUGGGGAAUAUUUGUACAAAGUAGUUUCAAAAUCUGCUGAUGGAUGUCAGUGUCACACACUGGACAAAAAAACUGGCCCUGUCAACCUUUGACCUCCAAGUGUAGCUUUGAACUUAGCGCUCAUUACAGGGAACAUUUGCACCAAGUAAUUUGAAGACGCCUUCAUAGAUGGCAAAGUUGUGGACAGGACACACAACAAUCAUUGUCAAAUUUUGACCUCAAACUGAUGCCUUGACCUUAGAAUGGCGUCUGGGUUUUGUGUGCAACAUGUCGUGUCAUUAUGAAGAACAACUGUGGUAAGUAAUUCAAAAAUCUCUUGAUGGAUGGUAGAGUUAUGGACACGACAUGUAGUGUGACAGGACAGACAGAAGGACACAGUCCAUUUCAAAGUCCCCCUUUUUUCCUUUAAGUAAGUGGGGACAGUAAUUCAGUCGAGGGCAGUCCUAAUCACUAUGUGUUUGCUUUGUAUAAAAUAUUUGAAUAACAAUUAUAUGUACAAAAUAUAACAGUUCUGUGUAUAGUCAAAAGUGUCAAAGGUAUAGGCAACAAAGAUAUAAGAAAGCUCUUUACACAAAGGUACAUUUUUGAUCUACAUGACCAUAAUAUUGCAAGUUUUGAUUAUCUACAAAAAUAUACGAAAAAUAUGUACAUCUUCAUGAUACAAUUGUGUACCUGGUCAAACAAAAGAAGUCUUAGGCCCAUUGCUUUGCAUUUCUAUUACCAAACAAGGUUUAUUAAUGAUUGAGAAUUACUUUAACACAGAAAAGCUUUUUAUUAAACAUAAAUG